AUGUUGACGUUACGGUCUCUCGUGCCCGUCUUUGUCGUCGGCAUGUUGCUGACCGGCAUCAGCAACUCGCUUCUCAACAAGUACCAAGAUAUGCAAUGUAUUGCCAACUGCGACUCACCCGACCCAAAGAGAAGACAGGAGUUCUCUCAGCCCGUCUGGCAAACUCUGCAGAUGUUCCUCGGCGAAUGUCUCUGCUUGCUUCCCGUACUUCUACGAGCGCUGUACGGUCGCAUCUCUGGCAACAGCGCAAGAGACGCAGCUCUCAAGAAGCCUUUACUUACACCUCCCCCUGAUUCGGGCAUCGUAUUCGACUCUUCGCCUCGUGACCGCGGUACCUCUGCCGUCUCUAACUACGAAGCUACUCGAGGUCGCGUGCACACCGGUGGCCCCACCCAUGCUCCCACGGAACCUUCCGUUCCUGCUCCACCUUUCGAGAUCGCUUCCCGCGCCGUGCAACCUGGCGAGCUCGGCGAAUCCGAAUUCACCAACAUGAACGACAGCAGCUACAUCAACGCAGUCGAUGCCGACGAGAUGGGCGCUUUCAAGGGCGAAGCCAUGUCUGGCAAGGCUAUUGGACUCUUCUUCAUGCCCGCACUCUGCGAUAUUUGCGGUACAACGCUCAUGAACGUCGGUCUCCUCUUCACACCUGUCAGCAUCUACCAAAUGACAAGAGGUGCGCUCGUACUCUGGGUCGGUGUGUUUUCCGUUAUCUUCCUCCGACGACACCUUCACAUGUUCCAGUGGCUCAGUCUCGUCACUGUCAUGAUGGGUGUCUCUGUCGUGGGUUUAUCCGGUACCGUAUUCAAGUCUCCUGAAGCAGCACCUUCUUCAGAAGGGGGAGACGAUGAGAUCCCUGAAACAGCACAAGCGCUUCUCGGAGUCCUUCUCAUCCUUUUUGCCCAGCUCUUUACCGCAUCUCAAUUCGUACUUGAAGAAAAGAUCAUGUCACGCUACUCUGUCGAACCUCUCCUCGCUGUAGGAUAUGAAGGCUUAUUCGGCACACUCACGACCCUCAUCGCUAUGCCUUUGCUGCACUACUUUAUUGGUCGAACACCCGAAGGUCGCGGUGGGUACUUCGACAUGUCCGCUGGCUUUUAUCAGAUCAUGUCUGUCCCUGCGGUCCUGAGAUCUUCAAUUGCGAUCUGCUUCACGAUCGCCUUCUUCAACUUCUUCGGUCUAUCCGUCACUCGUAAUGUCUCAGCGACCGCGAGGAGCACCAUUGACACUUGCAGAACUCUGGGUAUUUGGGUUGUCUCGCUAACGCUAGGUUGGGAAACUUUCAAGUUGGCAAGUGGAAGUACGCAGGUGUUGGGUUUCAUACUGUUGGUGUACGGAACUUUCUUGUUCAACGGUAUUGUUAGGCCUCCUGGUUGGUGUAGUCCUGAUGCUGGGAGAGGUGGGUAUGGCAGAGUGGCUACAGAUGAGGGUGAUGCUUCUGAGACUGAUGAACGUCGUGCUUAG